AUUAAACUCUCAACUACCUACGUGUCUUAUCUAAACUUAAACAAUAUUGAAAAUUAUAUAAUAAUAUAAGUAAAACAAAAAGCGUAUUUACUAAUUUUGUCAUUGUAUUUUUUUCAUAAGCAGUAUGAAGUCCUCAAGAUUUUUGAACGAGUCUCAGACGGCUCUGGUGAAACAAUCAUGGCCGAUGAUUGUUUCAAAUGGUUUUUGGACUUCGUUUUAUACCAAUCUGUUCAAGAGAAGUCCAUCAUAUCAAUUACAAUUCGAUCGUUUCGCUCAUGUUCCAUUUGAAGAGCUCGAAUCGAACGUUCACUUUUUGGCACACUCUGUCAGGACUGGAUUUGUAUUUAACACUGCUAUUGAACUCUUGGAAACACCCGACGAGUUACACAAAAUCUUAGUGGAUUUGGGAGCAAAACAUCGCAAAUUUCGUCUCACGGCCGAACAUUUCGAGGUCGUCAGGGACGUACUGACGCGUAUGAUCGAGGACCGAUUGCCGACGACAGGCGGACCUGACAGAGUCGCGCUCCUGGCGGAGGCGUGGAAGCCGUUCCUGACCUUGGUGAUCGGAGUGAUCAUGGAUUCCGCGACCGCCACGGUUAAUUAAAUGGCGAUUUAUACACGACGAUGUUACGAUAGACGUUUUGCAGACACGCGUUAUUAUACCGCGUGAAGUCGUACGGUAUGCUGCGCGUCUUUAAACGGCACAAUAAACAGUAACACAUUUAUAAUAAUGUACGAUAUUA